CUUCAGGUUAUGAAUUGUGAAGUACGAGUAAGGUGUUGUUUACGUGCGCUACAUUUAUUAUCGAUGCUCUGAUUGUGCGAACGAUUGCAAAUUCUGUUUCGCAGAAUCCUCUUCAGCAAUCUUCGAGCAUAAAUGGCUUCCAACGAUGGUAUUCCUCCACCUGCAGCUGUAACAGGAUUUCCACCGGCGACUCCGAACAUCGCAUCCAGCUUCGUGCCACCCAUCAUGCCUGCAGCACCCUUCAUUCCACCUCCCAGUCUACCACCAGGUCCUCCGGGUAUAAUGCCACCUCAGUUUUCUAUUCCUCCUCCAGGAUUUACCUUCCCCAUCACGGCAGCGCCUUCUCCAGAGACUGGAGUCAUAGCUGCAUCGCCACAGAUAACAGCACCAGGAAUUCCUCCUCCCUCGCCUGUCCCCAACGACGUAGCCACUUCGACGUCCACGUCGGAGAAGAAGAGCGACUGGAGCGAGCACAAGGCACCGGAUGGCAGAACGUAUUACUAUAAUAGCAUUACAAAACAAUCGUUGUGGGAGAAACCAGAUGAGUUGAAAACCCCCAGCGAGUUGUUGCUAUCACAGUGUCCUUGGAAGGAAUACAAAUCGGAGAACGGCAAGAUAUACUAUCACAAUGUAACUACCAAAGAGUCCAGGUGGACGAUACCACUGGAACUGGAAGAGCUGAAAACUCGAAUCUUGGCUGAGGAGGCUGCAGCAGCUGCCGCAGCUGCUGUGGCAAAUACUACAAAUUCUAAUAUGGUUCCUGUAGCGAUGCAGCACUUGUCACCGAAUAUCACGACUAUAUCGCAGACCAGCACACCAGAACCAGGUGGAAAAUCUGCCAUCGAGCUAGCGAUGGCCGCGACUCUUGCGGCGAUUAAUAUCCCGACACCGCCGACAAAACCGGACGAGGAUAGCAAUUCCGCGAUGGGUUCGGCCAACGACAGUCGUACUAGCACACCCGAGCCGAAGAUGCAAUUCAAGGAUAAAAAGGAAGCGAUCGAAGCGUUUAAGGAACUGUUGAGGGAGAGGGACGUUCCGUCGAAUGCGACGUGGGAACAGGCGGUUAAAUUAAUUCAGAACGAUCCUAGGUAUCCACAGAUGAAGAAGCUGAACGAACGUAAACAGGUCUUCAAUUCGUACAAGACGCAAAAGCUGAAGGAGGAGCGCGAGCAAGAGAGACUCAGAUUGAAAAAGGCGAAGGAGGAUCUGGAGCAAUUCUUAUUGGAAAGCGAUAGAAUGCUGAGUACAACCAAGUAUUACAAGUGCGAAGAGCUGUUUGGAAACCUGGAACUCUGGAGGGCAGUCGGGGAUUCGGAUCGCAGAGACAUUUACGAGGAUGUCAUCUUCAAUCUGGCUAAACGCGAGAAAGAGGAGGCGAAACAAUUGAAGAAAAGGAAUACCAAAAGAUUGGCCCAAGUCCUAGAUACCAUGACCGAGGUGACGUACAGGACCACGUGGCAAGAAGCUCAAGCCUUGUUGCUGCAGCACCCUGCAUUUGCCGAAGAUGCAGACCUAUUGGAGAUGGAUAAAGAGGAUGCCUUGAUUGUGUUCGAAAAUCAUAUUCGCCAGUUGGAGAAGGACGAGGAAGAAGAGAAGGAGUGCGAGAAAAAACGCAGAAAACGGCAGGAGAGGAAGAACAGAGAUGGUUUCAUAUAUCUACUCGAUGAACUUCACGAGCAAGGCAAACUCACAUCAAUGUCGUUAUGGGUGGAGUUGUAUCCUAUGUUGUCUGCUGAUCUCCGAUUUUCUGCUAUGCUCGGCCAGUCGGGUUCGACCCCUCUAGACCUCUUCAAAUUCUACGUUGAGGACUUGAAGUCUCGAUUCCACGACGAGAAAAAGAUUAUUCGCGAGAUACUGAAGGACAAGAAUUUCGAGGUGCAAGUCAACACGACUUUCGAGGAGUUUGCCACGGUCGUGUGCGAGGACCGGAAGUCGGCGACUCUGGACGCGGGUAACGUCAAACUGACGUACAAUCUGUUGCUGGAAAAGGCGGAGGCGCGCGAGAAGGAGCGCGUCAAGGAGGAAACGCGCAAGUUCAAGAAACUGGAGACCGGUUUCAAGAAUUUGCUGAAGACGCUGAAUGUCGAUUAUCAGAUGACGUGGGAGGACGUGAGGGCAAAAAUCGAGGAAGAGCAGGAUUUCAAGGCCAUCACUUUGGAGAGCGAGAGAAUACGCAUAUUCAAGGAGUAUCAGCACGAACUGGAGGAGAGCUGCAGUCAUCAUCAUAUUAGAAGCAAGAAGAAAAAGGCAAAGAAAUUGAAACGCAAAUCGCGAUCGCGAUCACACAGUGAAUCGGAAGGUAGUGACAAAGGUUUGAAGAGAAAACGACAACAUAAGUCACGUUCACCUAGCAUUCCAAGUAAGUCCGACAGUUCCGAAUCCGAAACAAGGAAAUCUAAGAGAAAGAAGAACAAACGGAAAAGGGGCCGCAGUCAUUCUCGCUCGCACUCGAGGGUUGCAUCUUCCGAGGAGGCUUCUCCGGAUAGAAAACGGAAAGAGGAGAAGCACCGGAGACCCUCGGUUCACAGCGAGGGAUCUGUCACGGAAAAUAACGAGCAUCAUGAACUUUCCGAAGACGAGUUGGAGAAACAACGGGCGCAACUUUUGCGCGAGCUUCAAAUGCAACAAUAGGAGAACUGAAAACUAUGUCAAGUCCUUGUGUUGUGCGACUCGAGAAAGCGAGAUAAUGCUCUUUCUAAAUUGCUUUUUUUUUCUCGUUAACUAAUGAUGUAUAACUGUCUUUUCCGACUGUAUCGUUGAAAAAAAUCAUGUUCCUUACUACUUUAUUCAAAAAAUGACAAUAUAUUUAUAGAAUUCAACGAAUUUGAAAGAACGAGUCGAGUCACGUUUGCUUUUAAGAAAGCUCAUAAAUCUGAAAUACGUAUCUACACAUAUUUAACGAGGACGUUUGCAUAAAAAUAGAUUAUAUGACAUAACGUAUUCCAAUCUUCCACCAGGCAAGUGAUCUUUUCUAAAGAUGAAUGUGACUUGUCUCAUCUUUUAUUCUUUAGCGAUUUAACGAUCACAUUGUAUUCUUUUCACAACAAGUGCAAAAUAUGAUGGCUAAAUCAACUUUU